AUGGCUUCUGAAGACCAGUUCACAUCCAUCCAAUGGGACAGGGAUGAAAUUGAAAGGUCUUCCGAUAUAAGCAACAACAACAACAACAACAACAACAUUGAUUCAAUUGCUGAAGAACCUAUAGAAUCAAAGCCACAAGAGCAAGGGAAGGCGGGAUCCUUUGAGACAAGUCAGCAGGAUACCACUCAGGGUGGAAGAAAAGUGGCUAAGCAAGUCGAGAACCAGGGUUUACAGCUGGACGCUGCCGGAAAGACGGGAGCAACAAAAAACUACGAUGAGAACAAUAAUGAUAAUGGUAAUGAUAACACUAAAAGCAAUGAUGAUAAUGCCACUAACGAUAACACCGAUGAUGACCCAAGCAACUCCUUGCUUAUAGCUUCUGCUAAGCUAAGUGAAGGUCAAAUAGAGUCGUCUCAAGAUCCAGCAACUAAAUCAGUAGAUAAUGACACUAAAGAACAAGGACGCGUUGAAACAACUUCCUCUACAUUAUCCAAUGGACAUGGCACUAAUGGUGGUUAUAAUAGUAUCCCAGAUUCCGCCGCUGAAACUACGACAACUGUACCAGUGGAUACUUCAUAUUACGACAAGUACACAAUAAAAGUGUCUGCCACUCAUCCUACUCGUGACUUGGACGCAUCUUCCAAGCCAUUUAUCUCAUACCUUGUCACCACUACAACAGACAACCCUUCAAUUCUCAAACUCACAAAGGAAAAAGCGCCUAAAUCUGGAGAACAAUUUUUAACAUUUUCCGUACGUAGAAGGUACGGAGAUUUUAGAUACUUGUAUGAAAGCAUCAGCAAUGACUUUCCAACUGCAAUGAUUCCGCCAUUACCUUCGAAGCUGAAUAUAAAAUACCUUGUAGGUGACACUUUUAGCCAUGAAUUUGUCCACAAAAGACUACACUCGCUUGAUCGUUUCUUGCGGUUUAUCAUUCAGCACAGAGAAUUGUCACAACUGUCAAUUUUCCAUCUUUUUAUUAGCGACAGCGGUGAUUGGAAUACUUUUACCACGUCAUUGAAGAUUAAAGAAUUAACCACAAAUGGCGAACCAGGCGGGGGAGGAGGUAUCGUUAACAAAGUUGUCAAUGAAGAUCUCUUAACCGAAAAAGUAAUGAAUUUUUUGACCUCAUCAAAGCACAAAAAGGAGACAAAUCGAGAAAUAUUGGAAAUAAAUGACAAACUCAAGAAAUUGUAUGAGAAUUUGUUAAAGUUGGACCGGAUUUUUCUUAAAUUGAAUCGAAAGAAUAAAGAAUUGGGUAUUGACUAUGAACAGUUUUCGAGCCAGAUUCAAAAAUUGUCAAUUGUGCAAAAGGACUCUGUCGAUGAAAACUUGUCGAUUGCAUCCAACUUUAAGGUAUUUGCCGAAUCUUUAGACUAUUUUCUGAACUCGUGGAAUGAACUUCACAACUAUAUGGAUGAGUCUUUUCUAGUUCUGUUGAAAGAUUGUUCAAAAUACAUCAUUAACCUUACAAACUUGAUUGAAUUACAACACAACAAGCGCAUUGAUUUGCAAGUACUACAAGACUAUUUAAACAAGAGCAGGAACGAGCUUGGCAAUUUAACUGGACAGCCACAUGAUUAUCCUGGAACAUCAGCAUCUUCAUAUCAUCACGGCGGUGGUAGCGUUGGUGGAGGUUUGGUUAACAACACAACGCAAUUGAUCAAAGAUACAAUCUCUACCUCAGCAACUCCAUACAUUGGUUCUACUUCGUCUGAAAAUAAGAUCCAUAAAUUGCAAAAUAGAAUUGCUCAACUAGAAGAUGAGAUCACCUUGCAAACGAAAUUGGUUAAUGAAUUCACAAACAAAAUCAUCAACGACGAGUACCCCAAUUGGGAUAGGUUCAAUAAAUUGGAAUUGAAAGAUGCAAUGCUUGGACUUUGUGAUAAGCAGAUUGAGUUUUACAGUGGUCUAGCUGAUAACUGGACUAGCAUUGAGGCAAAACUUACAAGAAGAUUAGAAGAACUCAACUAG